AUGAGUACAGCAAAUUCUUUACCACAUACACUAGACAAUCUUUGCAAACAGGAUAAAGAUAAGCUUAUGGAACUUAUUAAACAAGUUAAUGAACUUCAAAAGCGUUGCAACUUAUUAGAGCAAGAAAAUAAUUCAAAACAAGCAGAAAUUCAGAGACUUUCAGGCAGAGAAGAUGUUAUGAAAAACCAAGUUGAAGCACUUGAAACAAAAUUAUUUGAUGCCGUUGAAAUUUCAAAAACUGCUCAAGCAAGAAUUGAGCAAUUAACAUCAGAAGUUCAAAAGGUCGAAGCUGGCCGAAAAAGUGCAAGAGCUAGAUAUCGGGAAGCUCAAGCUGAAAUUACUUCUCUUCGAGAUACAAUUAGAGAGCUUAAACUAAAGCAUGAAAGAAUUCACGUUGAAACUGGCGUUCAAACCAAAAAUAAUUACUGUAGUCGUACAACAAAUACAGAAGAUUCUUCAAUUAAUCUUAACGAUAUUGAAAUUCAAUGCCGUAUAGACACUGAUUUAUCAAAAUCACAAACAAAAGUCAGAUCUUAUACUAUGUCUCAAACAACAAUGCAGCCAGAAUCACUUGAUUCAUACCAUGAUUCAUAUCAUGAAUCUUCAACUACACGCGAACCAUCAUUUACUUCUGAACAAGAUGAAGAAUUGGCUAGAAUAAUUUCAAUUCUCAAUUCAUAA